ACAAUGCCGAAAAACGGAGUUUUAACAUGUGCUGCCACAAGUGGACACGUCAGUGACAAAUAUGAUGUCAGAGGCAAUGGAUCGAUGCCAUUUAUGACGUCCGAGUUGACACCGAAUGAAUUGAAGAUACACACUCUGUGGGGUAGUUUUAGCAUCUUAUGUUGAUUAGAUAUUUACAGGUACUCGUUCCACGAUGCAGCCAAUCAGGAUAAACCUUAGAGGAACGGGGAUAUGUGUCGGGAUCGCCUUUGUGUUUUUAUUUCUCUUUAUCAAGCUCAUAUUUUCACAUAGUUACAGUUCAAACUCUUCGCUCCAGUCUAAUUCCAGUUUGCUUGUAUAUGAACAAUUCCAAUCCAACUUUACACGGACUGAGCGCCCUCUACACUGGAGUGAGCGUGAGAUAGAAGAAAUCCCACAGGAUCUUAAAGUGGGGAAUGACUACUCCACCAUAGGGAUUCGAGAAUCAUCGCUACUCGUAGAGGGCGCCAGUGAACCGAUUUAUCUUCGUGAGUCUCUCGACGAGAGCAAGGCGGAGAGCAUAGAGGGCAGUGUGUUGCUACUUCAUGGUUCCGAGUACUCUUCUCAUACAUGGCUGGAGUUGGGAACGCUGCACCAACUUGCGAAAUUAGGAUAUAGAGCGGUAGCUAUUGAUUUACCAGGUUAUGUAAAUUCCAAAAACGCCGCGCUACAGGGAGAUCCAUCGACGUUCCUGGCAAACUUGAUAGAAAGGUUAAACCUUGGGCGGCCUGUUAUCAUCAGCCCUUCAAUGAGCGGCGACUACGCAUUGCCUUUGGUGAUGAAAAGACCUGAUUUGGUACGAGGAUUUGUCCCGGUGGCGCCAACUAGCACGUCAAACUUUACCGACGAACAGUAUGCUGAAAAUAAAACUCCUACAAUGAUAGUGUAUGGUGAACUUGACACACAACUUGGCGACACUUCGUACGAACAUUUGAAACAUAUGCCGGACAUUCAGUUGCACAAGAUACACAAGGCUAACCAUGCAGCCUACAUAGAUUUCACAGACAGAUUUCACCAGUUACUAUAUAAUUUUUUGAAAAACGUGCCGAAGUAGUGCUGUCGAUCGAUAUCUACCCACCAAGAUGUUCUUCAUCAUUGAAUUCAGUUUCGUGAAUGUUGCUGCGCCUUCGCCGACGGCUUCUCAGUUGAAGUCCGUCGAUGAGGGCGCUGUGACAAAAUAUACUAGUAUCACAUUUUCAAAGCAUCCCAGACAAAGAAUUAUACUAAUUUUAGUACCACAGUACACAUUCUGCAUACGACUCGCCAUAAGUCGAAAACAAACUCUAGUUGCUAAAAUUGAAACACUAACAUAAAUUGCUCUUCGAAAUAAAGUACCUUCUUUAAAUUCUGCACCAAACUGUUCUUGAAAUUACAGGCAUAUCCUUGAGAUUGAUGCUAUUAUGCAUUCACCACUUUAGUGGUAGCUUAGAGACCGUUUAUAAUGUAAAUUUCUUAAAUGAAUGGCUAUAAAGCACUGUGAUGACCAUUAUACCGUUUACAUCACACGCGCGUGCACACACCGAGAAGAGGGGAGCCAACCCGGAGUAGACUGAAUUGCAUGCACAUGCAAGAAGUAUCUUCACAUUUGAGGAAGACAAUUAUUUAUUUGGUUAUGCGAACAGGGAUAAUUUUGUACUUUUAUCGUAAUUAUAAAAAUAUUGACCACACUAAAUUCAGAUAUUAAAUUAUUUUCUUUACACAAGCAAACCCUCAGCUAUAGGGGGCGCUAGUUUCCGAAAUUCCAUGUAUAGCCUCGGUAUAAGUCUAAUAUCGAAUAGGAUGCAGCACUGUGCGACGCGACAACCAUCGCUCUUCAGCAGCUAUAAAACCCUAAAUUGUACGUUAUGUAAACAAAACUCCAAAUAUGGUAGUAUUUUUGUGAGUACUAUAAGCAACAUAAUUUGGAUAAAUUUGGUUUGAGUUGAUAAAUGGAUAUAAUAAAGUGCAUUCAAUUAUCCUA